AUGGCUUCAUUAGACCUAGGCCGGCCUAUACAAACACUGGUCCUUGCCUUUGCAGCCUGGAAGGCGUUCCUGCUGUUGGUCGCCAUUGGAAGCAGCGUUGGCUCAGCUUAUGAUACUUCUACCACUCUGAUUCAGCACCAGGCCACCUCCUAUAACGAGUCAGUACUUGACAUUUCCACUAAAUUGACGAGAUGGGACGCCAUAUACUUUAUCCAAUCUGCCCGCAGAGGCUACGUCUUUGAACAGGAAUGGGCUUUUGGCCUGGGCCUGCCCACUACCAUUUCAGCAAUUGUCAAAGUCUUUAACAAACUAGGCAUUGAAGGAAGCGAUGCAUUGGAGCCUUUGAUCGGUGUCGGCAUUUCUCACUUGGCCCAUUUGCUGUCUGUCUUGGCCCUCUAUCGCUUGGGCCUCAGGCUGUAUAGCCAGCAGACUGCUGUGAUUGCAGCACUGCUCCACAUCAUUUCGCCAGCGGGACUGUUCCUUUCCGCACCCUACAAUGAGGCUCCCUUUUCAUUCCUCACAUUCUCUGGCUUCCUUUUAUUUUCUUACGGAUGUCUGGAUAGAUCACGGGGUUUUCUUGGCGAUGCCGCCAUCGUAGGAUCUGGCAUGGUUCUAGGACUCGCCACAACCUUUCGCAGCAAUGGCAUUCUCAAUGGUGUCCCAUUUGCUGCUUAUGCCAUCUCUGAACUCACAUCGGUACUGAAAAGUCCGAAUGCCUUCAGCCUGAGGCGUUUGGCGGCGCUUGGGAUUGGUGGCCAGUACAUUGCAAUGGGAUCCAUCGGCCCGCAGGUGCUGGCUUAUCAAAGCUUUUGUUCCGGCUCAUCCGCAUCGGACCCGAGACCAUGGUGCAACGCAUGGCUUCCAAGCAUUUACACAUUUGUGCAAGAGAGGUAUUGGAAUGUUGGCUUCUUACGCUACUGGGUCCCGGGCAAUAUUCCACUUUUUCUCCUUGCUUCACCCAUGAUUUAUCUGCUGAGCAAGUCGGGUUGGUCGGUGCUCGGCGAGUCCGUAAUGGAGAUCAAGAACCCGAAAAGUCCGGCUGCUGCAUUCUCCGGAGCCUCCUUGUUUGUUGCGGCCAUGGCGUUCUCUCAGCUUCUCCUCGCGGGAGCUGCCGUCACAACAUACCAUAUUCAAGUCAUCACACGACUCUCGUCUGCAUACCCACUGUGGUACUUCUGGCUAGCUCAGCAACUCGGCCAGGCUGAUACAUCCAAACGAGCGGGUGCCAUUGUCAUGUACAUGGUCAUGUACGCUACUAUUCAGGGUGUCCUAUUUGCGUCGUUUCUACCACCAGCUUAG